GUCACGCAGCGGAGCCGCCUCCAGGCCCGCGGUGGCCCGGGCGCGGGGACGCGCGACACCGGCCGCGGGCGGCCCGGGGCGGGCGGGGAGGGCUCGGCUGCGGCGCUCAGUGACCCCGUGGGACAGCUCACGUCAUGGUGGACUACUACGAAGCCCUAGGGGUGAGCCGCAACGCCACCGCCGAUGACAUCAAGAAGGCGUACAGGAAGGCUGCGCUGAAAUGGCACCCAGAUAAAAACCCAGACAACAAGGAGUACGCUGAGCAGAGAUUCAAGGAGAUUGCUGAGGCCUAUGAAGUGCUGUCGGACAAGCAGAAGCGUGAUGUCUAUGACCGCUAUGGCAAGGAUGGACUCAUGGGAGCAGGAGCAGGGGGCUCCAGGGCCAAUGCUGGGGCGCCCGAAUUCACCUUCACCUUCCGCAGCGCUCACGAUGUCUUCCGGGAGUUCUUCGGUGGGCGAGACCCCUUUGCUGAAUUCUUUGAUGAUGUGCUUCCCUUCUCUGAGCUGCGAGGACCUGGCCCCCGGCACCAUGGGGGAGGCCACUUCUUUUCUGCCUUCCCAGGAUCCUCAGAUUUCUUCGCAUCAUCCUUCAGCUCUGGCGCGGACGCAGGGCUGGGCUUCCGCUCUGUCUCCACCUCCACCACCUUCGUUAAUGGCAAGCGCAUCACCACCAAGAGGAUUAUUGAGAACGGGCGAGAGCGGGUGGAAGUGGAGGAGGACGGGGAGCUAAAGUCAAUCCACAUCGAUGGCGUUCCUGAUGACAUGGCACUGGGGCUGGAGCUGAGCCGGCGGGAGCAGCAAGCCUUCCCCAGGCCACGGCCCUCCUCGCCCCCACCACCGGCCCCACACCAGCCCUCGAGCUCCUCACCCGUCUGCCUCUACACGGACAGCGAGGAUGAGGAUGAGGACUUGCAGCUGGCCAUGGCCUACAGCCUCUCUGAGAUGGAAGCUGCAGGGCACCACCAAGCAGGUGGGCACAGCUCCCUGCCGGCACCGGGGGGCAGCCACAGCACCCCAUCCUCCAGCCGCAGAGCCCGUGGCCCCCGGGGGAGGCCGGAGCAGGAGCCACUGGGGGCCAGCAGCCCUGCUACAGCAGGGCAUGAAGUUGCCCCCAAAGUGAAGCUGUGGCACUGCCCCCUGCUCUGAUCAUGGUGUUGGGGUCGUGCCCCUCUCCAUGGGGUAGGGAGAAGAAAAGGGGGGUGGAGUCUCACUGCCUGGAACUCGGCUCCAGGUUACUCCAGCAAGGGAGGGGGUCUCUCCUGCCCUGCAUCAUUGUUCAUGUGAGUGGGCAGCUGGUGGCAUCCCUAGGUUGGGGGCUUCCAGACUUGGAGAUAGUGGCUUAAAGAGGGGCUCUGUUGGUGGGGUCCCAGGAAGAGGGGCACUCCCUGCCCUGGCUCCUGGAAGCAUGGUGUGCCCGCAGGCAGGCAUGCCCUGGCUCUGCCUGCUGCUCUCUCCCUGCCUGCCUGCAGAUGGGCAGGAUCUCCAGCCGGUGCCUCCCUGCCUGCUGCCUGCUCCUGCCCCGGCUGGGGGCAGUACUGGGUUGGGCUCCUCCUCCUUGCAAGAAGGGGUGCGCACACAGCCUCUGCUUGGUGCCUCGUGUUUGUCUCUCCCCUCUGGAUGCUGUCACUCUUGCCUGUAUCCCCUCCUCCUGUCUCUUUGUAAACCCAGCCUGGUCACCCCCUUCCCUGUGCCUUGCACACCCUCCAGGGCUUUGUUCAUCCUUGCUUCCCGCAGCAGCAGUGACUCUCCGUGAUGCUCACAAGUGUUUCCAACCUCUCUGUUGUCUGUGGUUCUGCCUUGGCUUUCUUCCUCCUCUUCCUGGGACCUUUCUCCAUCCCUGCCCCUACCCAGCCCUGGGCCGAGGAGGAUUUCACAGAUGCUGUUGUGUCCCCCCCUCCGCUUGUCU